CUGUGCUUUAUUUUAACUGCAGUGUCCUUCAGUAAAGAGGCCAGUUCCUCUUUCAAGUAUCUGUGUUUCAGUAUUCGUUCUUUGCUUGGCUCUUUGGUCUGAUAUCUUCCACUAAACUUUGCAAUGGCAUGAGUAAAAGAAGGUGCCGCAAGGAUGCCGUUCGUGCAAGACAAUAAAAAGUGAGUUUCUACUCGUUUUAUCGUUUUUUAUUGAUAUUAAUUUAAGCUGUCUGCUAAUCCUAACACCUGGGUUAUUCUCGCCCGUUUCUGCAUUAUUUUUUCAGUGGGAAAUUGUGUGAUUGUCGUAAGUAGCAACCAUUAAAUGUCCUACGACUUGUAAAUCGUUGCUUUUACACACAAACUCAAAUAUCGAUCUGCUAACUAGUUCUCUAGUAUAUUUCCUUGCGGCGAUAUAUAAGAUUGUAUAUUUGCUGAAAAAGAGUCUUAUUUUACUAUAACCGUAUACAUCGAUAAGCGCCGCGUAGGAAUGCAAAAUUAUUAAAGAGCGCGGCGCUCGAAUAAAGCGCCGCAUUCACAACAAUACGACGCUUAUUCGAAGCACCGUACCUCUCCCGCACCUCAGUGGGCCCCUUAUGUUAUACUUUGCUGCUAAUAUUUCUUGAUACCGCUUGCAAAUAAAAUAUUUGGAAAAGAGUGCAGCCCUCGAACAAACGCCGCCCUUACUCCCUUAGCGCUCUUUCCAACUCAACGCAAAAACCAACUUGCAAGCUCCUUCCGAGUGCUUGUGCAUCUAAUUCAAAUAAAUUGUCGAGCAUUGCGAUUAGAUGAAGUCACUCGCAGUCAGCUUGCGAGUUGACUCUUGCGAUGAAUGGAAAGCGGCCGAACAAACCAAACACUAAAAACUACGCGCGCCGCAGCGCUUAAACGAGUAAAUACAGUAAUCCGCAAGCCAUCUAUACAUUUUUGGUUAACCUGAUAGGAGCCAAAAAAGAGCGAACAAACUUUUGAUCAAUGCCAUCAUAUCUGUCACAUUGUAUAAUGAAGUGUAUAUAAAUGUUAAAUAUAAAAACAAUAUUACCUCACAGUAACAUAAUUCUGACUGGAUAUUUUUUUUAAACUGCCAAAUGUUGUUUAAUCAGCCUUUCUCAUGGAGGCAACAUGGAGGCCAAAUACGCCAUUUUGGGGGAUUUUGGUCUGCCCUCGUGACAACUUCAAUUCAAACAACGUGAAAAGCGACUUUUAAAAACUGUAACUGAAAAUUUACCAUUAAGUCUAUUAUACAAACAACUUUACGGAAAAUUUACCAUUAUACUUCGUGGUGCGGAGACUCUCAAAUGUGGGAGAGGCAGUACCCCAAAUGGCGGGAAAUUCGGCCGUGCAUGAGAAAGGCUAAUUACGUUCCCCGAUUCAUUCAGUUCACCAAGGUUUUAUCUUGUUUUUUUUUGUCGAAUUAUCAUGAAUUUUUUAUUUUUAAAUUUGUAGCAUUUUAAUAUUCCUUUCCUUGCUAACAUUUUGACCAAAGUUGUUCAUUGAGCUAACUGCACCAGUAAAACUAAAUGUCUUUAAAUUUUAUAACUGGAGUAUAAAUAUUUAUAAUGGGAGACCAAAAAUGUUAACUUAAAAUUAAUAACCGCUUUGUUUCGUGUCAGGCCCAUUUCACACGAUGUAUACCUUUGACGUGCCGAACUCAAGCCGCUGUUUCACUAUGCAACUUGUCUCGCAAUUUUGUUGCAACAGAAGUUGCACGCGAAAUUGCGAGGUGUACCAUUCCUAACAAUCAUCAAGCCUCGCAACACUUGUUGCACCAUGCGUCGCGCGAAGUAGAAUCAGAUUCUACUUUUCGCAACGAUUGCGGCAACACACUGCAACACAUUUUUCAAGCAUUGCACAGUGUAACAUCCCUCUUGCAACUUGUCUUGCAAAAUGUUUACUCGCGGAAUGGCUUCCUAUAUAUUGGCUCUUGGUUGACAAUUUGGCGCCAAACGUUUAACCAAGAUCAUUGCAGGUUGCAUGAUACAAUGCUGAAAUUGUUUUUCUUAACAUUGCGAGACAAGUCGCGGAGACACUUAAUUCAUGAAUUAGGUACAACAGAAGAGCGAUCAAUGACACACCAGAAGUUCGGCAGAACCUGUCGCAUUAUGCGACGGUUGAAUCGAAAUUUGUUGGUAGUAGCGGUAGAUUAGCUAUCUUGUAAUUUAAAAGUUAACAUAAAUAAUAGUUUUGAAUGUUAUUCAGGAUUCUCGUGCAAAUGCGCCCCAACCUUCUCAAUAGAGACCUUACGAUUUUAGGACGGCAACGGCUACCAAUAUAAUAGAUCAUUGAAAAGAAUUGUCCUCGCUCUGUUUACACAACGGCUGCAUUCCAAGCCGCAAGAAGUGCAACUUCAAACUGGGUUUAGCAGAACUCUUCCCAACCAUAAAACCCAUGUCUUCAACUUCUAAAACUGUAUUAAAUUCAUACGAACUAUCUUUACUAGCAUUUAUUUGAAGGAGUUUGUUUUGGCCGUCGCGUUGCCGUCCUGAAAUCGUAAGGUCUAUAUAUAAUAGCAUAAUGUACGGCGUUUGAAUCAAUGGCCAAUGACGUUCUUGUCAGUGUAUCGCUCCAGUGUCGCAUCUCAUACAAUUAAGUUUAGCAGAUGAAAAGUAGCCUGUGCACAUCCUGUAUUACCCUGUAAUACAGGAUGUGCACAGGCUAAUGAAAAGCAGCACUCUUUAAAAAAAUUCUCUUGACCUUCGAAGUCAAAUAGCAAACUUAAUUUAGAGUUUAGCAUGAUAUUGAAAAGGAUGGUUAUUUUAGCAGUCACUACACAACAGGUUUACUUCUUAAUUCUUAAAUGUGUUUAUUAUCUAAAAAUAGCAUGUUAUAUAUACAGGUUAUGAAGAUAAAAAAUUAAAAUAGUAUUUAGUACAAAACAAGCCUGUCUUAAAUACAAUACAUUAUGAUACAGAAUAAUAACCUCUUCUUAUAUUGUGUAUUAUUACUGGUUGUUGUCGCAAUUGAUUACUGCAGAAUAGAUAUACGCCAUAACAUUGAAGUAAAGAACAGAUUUUGAAGUUUCAUUCAAAAUGCUAAACGUCUUAGCCUAGACAAAAGCGGUCAAUAUCUCACAUAUUGUCUUUAUGGAAUAAAUUGUUAAUGUUUGCUUGGAAUUUUCCAGAUUAACAGCUGGACACAAUGCUGUUCACCACAUGCAGCACUAUCAGGCGAUGGAGUAUGCGUGGUUUAACAAAGCUAAUUCAGAGUUUCCACUGAUAAAUUGCAGUUGAAUCUUAACAUGUUAUACUGAGACUGAGAUGCAUAUCAAAGGAUGGAGCUGUUCAGUCCUCAUUUGAAUAUGCAAAAGUUGCUCAAAGAACAAUUAAUUACCCCACAGUUGAUUCACUUUAAAGUUGAAAAUAUAUUCCCUUAACUCCUUAAGAGUACUUUUUUGGCAUAUAUUUCACAAAAUAUGCUAGUACAAGAAUUAUUUAAUGAUAGUUCUAUUGUAGUAUUGAUUGAACAGAUACGUUCAAUACUUUGGCAUGAACAUUUUUAUGAUUCAGUCUCAGCUCCAUUCAUCACUCAGUCAUUCGAAAGCUAAAAACUCUAAUCUGUAAUAAUACGGGAAAAUGUAACCUGUGCAACCUAAUAUUGAGGGCACAAGAGUACACCAAAUUUGGAUUCCCUUUUUUUAUACUAUCCUACAUACUUUUAUACUAUUGUUGUACUAUCCUACAUUUUAGUGUGGCGGCUGCUCCCCUUGGCAGCAUCAAGGACAGAAUAAAAAGUUUUGAGUUUAUGAAGGACAGUGGUACGACGAGCCCGCGAGCACGUUCACCAAUAUCGCCUAAGAAUGAAAGCUCGAAGGCACCGAGAAGACCUGGCACUAGUUGGGAGAAAGAUGGGAGUGAGCGAAGACAGAUGAGACGGUCAGAAAGACGAGAAGCAGAACUGAGGAGAGAAAAUGAGAUUUUGGCUUUAAAGGCGAAAGAAAAAUCCAUUAUUCAACGCGAUCAAAAUAGUCCAAGCACAGAAAAGACUCCACCCCAGGCUCCUGAACGGCAGGUCCCACGCGCGGCUCCACGCGUGACGCCGCGUGUAAUCCCACGCGAGAAAGACAAACCACCUGAAGCUGCGUUGAGGAGAAGGCGAAAUGAAAAUAAAGGUAAGAAUUCUUUUCAUAAAUACAGAGCAGCCAUGCAUAAAACUGGGAGGUGUGACCGUCAUUAUGGAGGAGUAUUGUGCGUCAAAGGCUCCCAUGAUUGAACGAAGCUCGCCCGGGAAAUUUUGGAAUUUCGUGCCCCAUUAUUGCACUCGGAGAAGAGUUUACACAACUAUUUUGAUAAAAACCAACAAAAAUUUCUACACUUCCUAUAGAUUACAUUCACCUUUGAUGAAGACCAAAUAAUAUUUUUACAUAUAUAUAUAUAAUUUUAUCAUAUCAUUGGAAAUACAAUUUUGCAAAAAAGUUCAGAAAUUGUUUUCAGGCUGCAAGACGAGGAGGAAGCAAUUGAUCUAUUGAGACCUCUUCUUUUUCUAAAUGUUUUGAGCCGUUCUGUGAUGAAAAAUUCACCCAAGAAUUUUUCGAUAUGUCUCCGUGCUUUUAAAGUUUUCAUCGUUUACACGUGCAAUUAAAAAGUAGUAAGUCGUUUUCUUCUCUUUCGUAGAAACUUGGAACAGUACUGAGAAAAACACACAUGGAUCUUCUCGCGUCCAAAAUUCCGUGUCUCCUGAAAAACCACCUUCCGCGCAGACCACUGAGAGCUCUUCGAACGAAACAAUUGAUAUAAACUCCUCGGAAGAACCUGGUGAUAUUUCGAGUGAAGAGAUUGAGGGGAGCAAAGAGAAAGAAAAUGAAGAGGAAGGACAUCAAGUAGAGGAAGACGGAAAUGAAGAAGAAGCCGAUGGGGAAGAUGUGGAUGAAGAAUAUGAAGAUGAAGAACAAGAAAGUGAAGCAGAUGAACAAGAAAGUGAAGCAGAAGAACAAGAAAGUGAAGCAGAAGAGGUAAUGUUGAACAAUAAAGUUCAUAGUGUCAACUGCGCAUCCAAAUGACGCGUUCUGCGUUGGAUUUGAUUUCCACUACCGCUUCCUUUAAGGGAUUGUUAACCAAUCAAAUGUUUAAUCUUCCUGAUCAACCAGCCGGAUGCGCACUAAGUUAGUGAAAGGUAGGGCUAGUGGUAGUGACAAUCUAAUCUAAACUUUGAUAACACUAUUAGCUGAGACUGGAAGAUUUAAAAUAUCCAUAUCAAUAUAUCCAACUGAUCAAUCAUCAUUGGUGUUUUAUAUAUAGUCACAAAGAACUGCAAUUUACUAGUUGCUUACCAAAUUGAACUCCUAUUGUGUCUAUUAAGAACUCUACUAAAACACGAAUGGAUCAUUGAGCGGUUGGAUACUUAAUAUGCAUAUUUUAAAUCUCCAGCCAAUUUUAUCCCGACUUUGCAGGGAGCGUUGUUUGGAUUCGCAGUCGAGGAACUAACUUACAAUACAGAAAAUAAUUUGCAAUUUGAUAGUUAGCCACUAUUUGUUUAGCUUGUACAAGCUGUUUGCCACUAUUUGGUUUAGCUUGUGCCAAGUCACUCGCGACAAAGAUUUUUGUUGUGAAGGUUUGCUAUGUUCUUUAGUUUGUAUAUCUAACUCACUUUGGUUCAAUAUUCUUCUUUAUGUAUUAAAUAUUAGUGGGGCGGAUUAGCGCACAAUUUUGCAAAAAUUGUGCAGUUAGUGAAGAAAGCACUGUAAACUUUGACACAAGUAUAAAUAUCAGAUAUGGAGGCAUCUCUGAAAUUAACGCUUGAAUAUAAAUUUCUAUUACUGAUAGAAAUUUUAAAAUUUCAUGGUAGCUCACAGAAGAAAUAAGUUGUAUGGUUGAAAAGUAUACAAAAAACUGUCUAUAGAACAUUAAAGCAGUUUUUUGAUUUGCCAAGUCGUUUUUAAGUUAAUCAGUUUCGAAAUCGCACAAAAUAGAUAACAAAUUUGUGCGAAGACUGGUACUAGCUUCAGAUUGCAGCUCAGGAAAUAUUUGGAAAAUCAAAAUCUGUUUUAAUGUUCUAGUAUAGACAGUUUUUUAUGUACAUUUCAACCAUACAACUUAUUUCUUCUAUGAGCCACCUUGGAAAUUUUAAAUUUCUAUCAGUAAUAGAAAUUUAUAAUAAAAUAUCAGAAAUUCCAGAUUUUUGGCUCUUAGCGUUAAUUUUCACAGAUGCCUCCAUAUGUGAUAUUCAUAUUUGUGUCAAAGUCUACACAUCCUGUUAAUAUGGUGCUAUAAGCUUCACAAAAUGCACAAUACUAUACAAUUAUUGGACGAGGUUGAGCAAAAUAUCGUGAUUUAUCAGUGGCGAGCAUGCAGAUCAAUUAUUUGCCGAUGCCGAAGGCAGAGGCAAAUAAUUGAUCCGCGAGACACUGAUAAAUCACGAUAUUUUGCGAUAGCCGAGUUCAAUAAUUGUUUUAUCAUUUACCGAUUACUAUUUGUAAAUUAUUAUGGGCACAAGUUUAAUAACAAAUACAAGAACAGCCAACGGAAAAAGUAUAAUUUAGUCUGACAUACACAACGUAAAAAUACUGUAUUGCACAAAAAUUGUGAUUUUUAUAAAAUCAAGCAUGUAAACAAUUUAACUUUUGUUGCCUUUUUUGUGUUUUCGGCGUCCUUUUUCUCCAAUAAAGAUGACAAAUCGCUUUCCGAUAGCUCAGCAAAACGAGCUAUCGAAUCAUUUUCAAAGUGCGCAUGCUCAAUGAAGUAUUUGCACCAGUUAUUUGCACCUGAUCGAUAUUUGCACACAGUUAUUUGCAGGUAAAUUAACCAAUCAAAGUUGAGAAUACUAUAAAGUGAAUGAUAAUUAACAGUUAUACUACGAACUCGAGUCGAAUAUGAGCUGAUAGCCAAUGGGGCGCGUAGCGCCGAAUCGGCUAUCGCUCAUAUUCGACGAGAGUGAGUGGAAUAACUGCUUUAUUAUAUACACAAGGUCUGAAUUCACAGACUUUGCUUUUCGAAUAUUUUCAAUAUUUUUCUAUUUUGUUUAUGUUUUUAUCUUCGCUCUUUCGGCCGAUUAUUUUUUCAAAAAUAUAUAUUUUUAACCAUUUUAAAUAUUAAAAAUGUAUUUGCUAACCUGAAAACAAUUUGUGGGAGUUUUUUCAUUGUGUUUUUAAUCCUGUGAAGGCUAUAAAAAACGACAACUUGCCAAAUUCAGUUUGGCCGCCAUUUUGUUUUUCUCUACUAGCAGGAUAUGAGCUAAUAUCCUGCUAGUAGAGAACCAAUCAGAUUGCAGAAUACCUCAUAUCCAGACCUUGUGUAUAUAAUAAUUUCACUUAUCCGCCCCACUAUAGGGUUUAAACUGUCUUGUUUGAAUUAUCUGCGGAUUGAGAGGAAUUCGACUACCUAAACAAUACAAGCAAAACUUCGACGUUUCGAACGAAGGCCCUUCGUCUGGCCGCAAGUUGGUAGCGUGGAUCGGGAAAAUACAUGUGCUUUUGUACUAUCGAAUAUAAAAGCGAUCACGUGGCAAAAAAAUAAACCAAUCAGAUGGAUUUGCUCAAAACAAAGUGUAAACAAAAAAUGUAAAUCACAAUACAAAGUAUAUUACUAAGGAAGCAAGAUCAGCUUCUGUAAUGUGACCAAAUCCAUUUGACUGGUUUAUUUUUUGUCACGUGAUCGCUUCUAUAUUCACUAAUAUAAAAGCACAUGUAUUUUCCCGAUCCACGCUACUAAUGUCCAGACGGGGGGAUUUUGGAACACCCACGUAGAUAAAGUAAAGUACUGUGUUCUUUCGCUAGAAAAACAGUGAGACCGAAGAAGAUGAGGAACAUCAAGAUGAUGAUGAAGAAAAGCUGGAUACAGAGGAAGAAGGAACUGAAGAAGAAGUAACAGAAGAAGAACAGGAAAAUGAAGAGGACGAAAACGAGCAAGACGAAAUUGAAGAACAUGAAAAUGAAGAAGACGAGAAUGAAGAAGACGAGAAAGAAGAAGACGAAAAUGACGAAGACGAGAUGACAUUUAAACCACCCAAGAAAGAACACCCAUCUUCGGUCACUGAGCAACCCAAACCGCGACGAGAUAAAAUUGCAGACUACACGAGCGCUCGUAAAACAUCAAGGCAACAUUGUCGAGACGACAGUUCCGAAAUCGUUAACGGGAUUAACCAACAGGAUAGUCGGCAUCAUAAAGACAAGGGAAAUAAAGACACCGAGAUAUUACCUGAACGACGUGGUUCUUCCCAUGAAAAGAGAACAAAACUACAUCAGCGACAAAGUAGUGUAAGUGGCAACGAAAGCGGAGACGUAAAAUCGUUACGGCAUCGUAAGGAUAAAGGAUCAGAAAACACGUCAGAAGCUCCCAAGGAAAUGAAAACGAAACAACAUCGAAGGCAUAGCAGUGGUACUGGAAGCGAUCUGGCAAAAGUUCGACAAGAACAAUCCCAUAAAACGUCUGACGUUUCAGCCGAAAAGUCGGACUCUAUUUCAGAAAAGACAAAGAAAGACGAGCAACAUCAUCGUAGCUUAGUAAGAACAAAGUCUAUUCCAAAAGGUGCAAGAAGAUCUGGCAGCAAAAACUCCUUAAAGUCUAUUCCGGCGGAAGAUUUGGAAGAAAUUGGUUUGACAGAAAAACAAACAGGGAGUAAAUCAAAACAAGUAACGAGGAAAGAAGAAGGAGAAAGCAACAUUCCAUCUGGUCGCAACAGUCGUAAGGCAAGUUGUGCUGAUGACGAAACAUCUGAACAGCCUGGGAACGAGAAUGAGGUAAGAUAAUUACUUGAACAAAGGCGAAGUAAUAUGAGAAAUAUAAUUGCUGCAUUUUGCAACUAUAGCUGAUUGAAACGUAUGUUAAUUAAACAAGUUUAUGUAUAAGCUACACAAUCGGAGACAAUCGCAAACAAUCGCAGAGUAAAAUGCACGGUUUACCCUGGUAAAGUCAUGUAUAUAGUCCAGCUAAUGCGUAAUGUUAGCCUUCGUUAUAUUUUGAGAACUCGCCCUUCUCAUGAAUUCCUGAACUGACUUUAUUCAUUUGUUUGUAUUGUUCUUCUACAUUAUUUAUAUACAAAUUAUUUAUAUAUUUUGUUUCGGUUUCCUCUGCUCAGAAACUAAAGUGUAUUUCCUUCUUCCUCUGGGAACGAGCUACCUGCUUGGAAUUUACAUCAAAUUUCGACCAGAGAAUGUUUUCAGUUUGCGUUAUGCCAUGCGCGUACUUUAGUUUAAUUGGAAACAGGGCGCUUAUAUAUUGCAUAAGCGCCCUGAUUGGCAAUGAAUGAGCGCGGGCAAAAUAUCAAAUCACGCGAAAACAACCGUGCAAUCAUGCAGCUGACGCAAGGUGAACAUUUAUAAUCAACUGUCAAGUCUUUGACAAUGGUUUCCGUAGAGGAAACCGAAACGUAGACAAAAUAAACAUUUUAUAUAUAAAUAAUGGAGAAGAACAAUACAAACAAGUCAAUGGAUUUAUCAACCAGAGUAGUGAAAACAUGUCUGACAUUAUGCGUGUAUGCAAAAAUUUCGGACUAUAGAAAUCUUCUUUGUACGUUUGCAUGGCGAUAAAACAUAUGAUAAUUUUGUUUGUGGAAACACCACGUAAAUGUAUUACUGCAAAGCCCCGGAUCUUCAUCAGUGCUAAUAAUAUGAUUAGCACUAUUAUUAGCACUGAUGAAGAUCCGGGCUUACGGGUUGAAAGCUUUGCAGUAAUAAAUUUACGUGGUGUUCCACAAACAAAACUACUAUAUAGAAAUCUUGUUGGUGAGACCAUUAUUUCUUUGUCAAAUAUAGACAAAUUAAUUCUUCGAACCACAAUCUUUGAGCCUGACGGUAGCUUAGUGGUUAGAGCCCAAAAUCUUGGAAUUUGAAUGUGUUGUUAUUGUUAUUUGUGUUAUUUUUGCCAUCUUUUUUCUGUUUGAUUAUAGGUCAUCUCACCAUCUAGUCAACUAAAUCUUUAUUCCAAUAACGUACUUGGUCUUGUCCCUGCUGGUAUCCAGACAUCUGUAGACGUGGAGAGCGAGGGCACAUCAUCCCCUGACCUUAAACAAGAUGAACCGCUUUCAAAGAAAGUAUUUGUCUGCGCUAUUCACGAGGAACCAUGCAAGUACUACUGCCAGGAUUGUGAAAGACUCAUUUGCAGCGAAUGUGCCAUGCGUUGGGGUGACUGCCACGAACACUACUACCUCCGAGUGAAAGACGCUUGGAAGAAAUACCGCGAAGAAAUGAUGAAGAUAUUACAGGAAGCCAGAUCAGGUGUUUCACACAUACAACAAGAUAUCUUGGAAAACUCGAAAGAACGGGACAGCUUCAAGUUAAAAGUUGAAUCUACGAUCAAGAAAAUCAACAGCUUCUUUGACGAGCAUGUGCAAGCUUUGGAAAAACGGCGUACAAACUUUUUAGAAACAGUGGAAGAGAUUAUGAAAUUCCGAGAGAUUGGAAUAAACCAAGAAAUUGAUAGCCUACAGAAUAACUUAGUUGAAACAAACAGUACUAUCAACAUCGCAGGCCGUGUGUAUGGAACUAGCACUAUGAUGGAAUUCCUACAGGUUUGCAAGCAACUUACAAACCGCCUUCUCGAACUGGGACAUAAAAAGAUCAAGUUGAAUAUUACAGAAAGUAUUGACAUUGAUUUUAUCUCAGAGCCUCACUUGUUUGAAGAAAUUGAGAAAGUUGGUCAACUAAAGAAACACAAAGAUUCUUCCGCCACAAAAUUGUUUCCACGUGGAACUGGUGUGAAUGGAACGGGAGGAGAAAUGCCUAAAAGUGAUGAAGGGAUGAGAUCGAACGCUGACGAUCCGAGGAAAGUUGAGGAAAAUGAACAGGACUCGAUGGAUUCUGUAGUCGGAACAUCAACAGAAAAUUUAUCCGAAAGCACGUCAGCCAAAGAUACCAAUGACGCUCCAAGAAAACACUUGUUGAAAAACGCAGAACAUUCUGUUCCACCAGGCGGUUUUAUUAAAUCAUCCACCAAGAUUAACGAUCAGACAAUUAUGAAUCAGGGAAGACAUGGUGUGAAGAAUGAGACUGAAGAAUCGGUAAAAAUGAAACCGAAUGAGGAACUUAAAACAGAAAUGAAUUUCGGGCAACAAGCACAUCCUGGAGUAGCGUCUGAAGAGCCAAUUAUUAAACAAGAGACAACCGCCGAGCAGCACUCGAGAUCUACAGCGAGUGGCCAGAAGGAAAUAACUGAUUGUGAAAUCACGGACUGUUCUUGUGGCCUUGCUGAUAAAGUGGACCACCGAAAUGGUUUACCUAGUGAAGGGGAAAGAGUAGCGGCAGCUGAAAUUCCGCUGAAACAAAAACCUGCGGCAGAGCAACAGCAUGCUCGACGACAUAGCAUGGACGAUGUAUUCGGUAUUCGCAGCAAAAAAGAAGAAAUACAGCGUCGACUCGGAAACAUUGCCAGAUACCGUCCACCCAAAUCAGUCGCGCAGUUCCUGGACGAAGGUGAGCGCUAUUUUUCCAGUGGAGAAGCCGAACAACGACGUCGAAAACAAGAGUACUACAAGGUUCGUUUUAACGACCGUGCGUACUACAGCAACCCGAGUGAUAGCUCCGAGCUAGAGGAAAUGCGAGGUUAUGAUCUCGUAGAACGACCAGUGAAACACAAUUGGUACGACGUCAUCGUACGAUGCCUCUGAUCAGACCCAUCUCCGAACGACGGGAACUAAAAAGUCCUUGGACUUUGGACGUAUUCCGCUACCAUGGCAAAAUCCAUUUCUCACGCAACAGUCUUAAAGCAACCGGGAAAGCGUUCGGUUGGAACGCGGUCGUAGGUUGCCAGGGAUUUUCCCAAGGCAAACACAGUUGGAAAGUCCGCGUUACGAAGUGGACAGCGGUCGGCGUAUGUUAUAAAGAUGAUCACGUGGAUAACCCAAGCUGGGGAGCCGGGGACAAGUGGACGUGGGAUUCAGCCGACAUGUGCUACUCCCCCCGUCUCGGCGUGUGUGAAUCUCCGGUGGGAGAGUGGAUCGAUGGUGACGUGAUAGCAUUGGAACUGGACUGUGACAAUAGCGUUCUUAUUGUGCACAAUCUGCGUACUUCAGAAACGGACAAGUUGUAUGGUUUCAAGGAGCCUGUAUACCCUUACUUUUAUCUUUCUGUAUUUCGCAGUAUUAGUCUCGUUGAGAUUGAUGGCAUUCAAGUUGGAUCAUAGCUUAUGAUGAUCAGACAUUACUAACUCCAUAACAAGCUUGCAACUCUGACACAAGCGGCUUAACAUUUGAAUAUACUCUGUGUGAAUCACAGCUUAGACAUAAUGAUCAAACUUUACUAACUUCGUAAGUAAAUUGAAUUUACGUGAUAGCUUGUAAGUAACGACACGAUGCCGACCGGAAUUGACAAGGUCUCUCUGACAUGUCCCUUGCCCAAAGUUAACAGGGUUCUUCAUUUUGCUGCCGAAAAUGUAACCAACACGGCAACAGCAUUCAAAAAUUUAAUGGGAUCUUGCCAUUUGCUUGGUUGACAACUUGAGGAUUGAUAAGUCAAUCUCAAAUUUGAAAUACAUUUCAGAUAGACCACUUGCCAUUUCGGUAUACUUGCAGGUAACCUGAAAUUCAGGCCCUAAUUUUAACUUGCAGUAUGUGGCAUCACACUAGAUGUAGCACGUUUGUAUAUUAAUAUUAUGUUUCAUCUUUGGAAGAACGUCGGAUUUAGUAUUUUGGAAGGUUUUCAUAUUAUAUACUCUUAUAUAGUUAUAGGAACACUUG